CGCCGCGCGCGCUCCCGUCUCCUCUCCUCUCCUCUCUCUCCCCCCCCGCGGUCCAUUACAUGAAGAUGGCGCUGCACCACCUGCAUCCCUCAACGCCGCUCUCGCGCCUCGGCUGCUCCUAGUCCUGCAAGACACAAGCCUGGAGAAGAAGAUCGGUCAAGGACUCCUCCUUCUCCUCCUCAUCAUCAUCAUCAUCAUCGUCGUCAUCAUCAUCUACCGGGAUUCGUCUGUGUGCGCGCGCGGCAUGGGAUGGACGCGCGACGAGGGGCUGUAGGGGGGCGGCGCGCGGGGGGUCCUCUGCUGCAGAGACGCGUCUGAGCGGCAGCAGCAACAGCAGCAACAGUGAGCGGCGGCGGUGGCGGCUGGACGCGCUCGCUCGCUCGCUCGCUCGUCGCGGAGGCGGAUGCGAGGAAACGGCGCGACCCCCAGCGCGGCCGCCCGUCACUGAGCGCAAGGAGCGCGAGCCCGCAGAGCAUCAUCCGGACACAUGAUAAUGACGAUGAUCACCACGAUGGGGCGGCGGGGCGUCUGACAGCAGCUCGGCGCGAUGCACCUCCUCGGACGGCCCCCCUGCGCUUCUUCAUCCUAACGGAGCCGCGCGAGCACGAGGAGGAGGAGGAGCGCGUGGCCGAGGAGGAUGUCCGCCGCCGUCUGCGUCGCGGUCAUGUCGGCGUCGUUCUUCAACCCCAGCUUCGCCUUCAGCUCACAUUUCGACACAGAUGGUGCGCCCUUGAAUGAGCUCUCCUGGUCCUCCUCCUUGGCUGUGGUUGCCGUUUCCUUCUCUGGGCUCUUCACCUUCAUCUUCCUCAUGCUGGCUUGCCUGUGCUGCAAGAAGGGGGACAUCGGUUUCAAGGAGUUCGAUAACACAGAGGGCGAAGAGUACCAGACGGACCUAUCCGCCCUCGGCUCCCCCACCUCACAGACCGGCCCCGAGGUCUACAUCCUGCCCUUGACUGAUGUGUCAGUCACUGUGUCCAAGCAGCCAAGUAAAUCAGUUCAGCUGCUUAAGUCAUCAGACUUCGGUCGCCACAGUCUGCUGUACCUGAAGGACAUUGGCCAUGGCUGGUUUGGCAAGGUUUUACUGGGGGAGGUCAAUGUGGGCCACAGCACCACCCAGGUAGUGGUGAAGGAGCUGAAUGCCAGCGCUAGUGUCCAGGACCAGAUGCAGUUUCUGGAGGAGGUCCAGCCCUACCGUGCCCUCCAGCACCCUGCUCUCCUCCAGUGUCUGGCACAGUGUACCGAGGUCACACCCUAUCUUCUCGUCAUGGAGUUCUGCCCUCUGGGAGAUGUGAAGGGAUACCUGCGCAGCUGCCGGCCAAAUGACUCUGUGACCCCUGACCCCUCGAUUCUCCAGCGGAUGGCAUGUGAGAUCGCCUCUGGUCUUCUGCAUCUCCACAAAUACAAUUACAUUCACAGUGAUUUGGCCCUGCGGAACUGCCUGCUGACUGCUGACAUGACAGUGAAGAUCGGGGACUACGGCCUGUCCCAUAAUAAAUACAAAGAUGAUUACUUUGUAACUCCGGAUCAGCUCUGGGUUCCUCUGCGCUGGAUUGCCCCCGAGAUCAUCGAUGAGGUCCAUGGAAACCUGCUAAUGGUGGAUCAGACCAAGACCAGCAACAUCUGGUCUCUGGGGGUGACAAUUUGGGAGCUGUUUGAGCUGGGAAGCCAGCCGUACCGACACUACUCAGACCGGCAGGUGCUUACUUACGCAGUGAAAGAACAGCAGCUGAAACUCCCUAAACCAGAGCUGAAGAUCCCACUCUCUGAACGUUGGUAUGAGGUGAUGCAGUUCUGCUGGUUGCAGCCCGAUCAGAGGCCUACUGCAGAGGAAGUUCAUCUGUUGCUGGGCUACCUGUGUGCAAAGGGAGCCAGUGAAGGCGAGGAAGACUUUGAAGCACGCUGGAUCUCCUUGCGGCCCGGGGCAGGACACAGUGGCACGGAAGCAGGGGUAGAACUGGCCUCGUCUGCAUCCUCCUCUUUCCCCUUGCUGGAACACUUCUCGGCGGGUGACAGCUUCCCGGAUGAGCCAGGCGAUGACAUCCUGACAGUCACAGAAACCAGCCACGGGCUCAACUUUGAGUACAAGUGGGAGCAAACUCGCCACGAGCAACCCUACUGUGCCUCCUCCACCAGUGGGCCGCUGGGCCAAAGCAACCCCCACUAUCAGGACAUCUAUUACCCAACAAGAAGUGCUAUGAGCAGCUGUGGGGGUGACCGACAUCCACUGGGCGUUUCCCCAUCUUUCUACAAAUCAAAGGAACUGCAUACUCCUGGGGUGGUUCCAGUACUGAGUGCUCACAGCCCCUCUGUAAGUAGUGAGUACUACAUCCGGAUUGAAGAACCCAUUGAGUGCAAUAUCAACUUGGACUAUUCUACAAGUGACUGCAGCCCUGGCUUUGAAGGAAGCAACAGCAGCUUUGUAGCAGACAGUGGUGGAUCUGGGAAUGGCAUGAGCUGUUCUGAUCAAGCCCAGCCAAACUCCUACUGGUCAACAGACGCUCACAAAGUUGAUAUCUACGAUUCUGAUGCUAGCCCAGCCAUAUCUCCCACCAUGGAGCCUUUGCUGAGGCAGACAUCUGACACUAGUCAAGGAAACCACUGGCAUUCUGGACAGCGGUUCUCAUACAAAGAUGGACAAGAGAUCUACUACAAACAUUCACCUUCCACAGGAGAAGAAAACAGGGUUUUAAAGGAAUACCCUUCAGAAUCCCACCAGAAUUCCUGGAGACUGCAAAGCCUGUCUCAAAGGGAGACAGAGUUAGGGAGCCCACUGUCCAUCUCCCCGCCCCUUAGUAGCCCCAAUCUGAGGUACUGUGACCCCUACUUGGAAGGCAGGCAGGGACCUGUUGAAAGCAAGAGUACAGCUAGCGAGGUCUACCACAACAUGAUGGGUUCUUUACGGAAAGCUAUGUCUGGGCCCUGUGACAUUGACAUUGAGAGAGAGGGAAGCCUGGUUGCUGAGGAAAUGGACAACAACUCUCAAGAUGAAGGAUAUCAGUUAUCACAGAGAGAGGCUAAUAAAUGGACAACAAACUGCUCUUCCAACAACAACCAUUCAAACUAUGACUGUCAACCAGUUGGUAGAGGAACCCAAGAAACCUUUGUCGAUGUUCAUUACAGCUUGCCCUUGAAAGACCCCAAAAAUAUAUGGCCAGAGAUCCUGGGAUCUACAGAAAUUCAAAAGCAGAUAUUCUCUCCAUCCAAAACUCUCACUCCUAUAGAGGCUACAACCAAAACUAAUGGUCCCAGUUCCCCGAGUAAACCCCAUGUGCCAAGCUCUGCGGAAUGCAAGGCAUUUACUGCUAUGUGCCAUGAAGAUGGAGAAUUACCCACCAAAUGCCAACUAAUGUUAGAGACUCCUCCAUUUGAUUCCAUCUUAGGCUCUACAGAAAAGCUCUGCUCUUCUAAUGAAUGUAUUGAAAAGAAAGAUGUAGAUGAGCCAUGGAAGGAAGAAGAAGAAGAAAUCCCAUCUCCCUCUAGAAAGGGGAGUGUUACAGAAUCAUUGGACUGUAAGCUUGACCUAAAGCUAUGGAAGGAAGAACCCCUCUCUGAUCACAAUGAGGCCAAAAAAGUUGUGGUUGGUGAGAUACUUCCAGAAAUAGGGGUAAAUUUCAAACAAGAUACAAGUUUAAAGAACUCUAGAGUCAAUGUAGACACGUCAGAGCCAGCUUCAGAAAGCAGUCGUACUGUGGACAGUGGGUUGGAAGCUGGUUGUUCCAGCGUCAGCAUGAUAGAUAUUAAUGACUGCAGCGAUGACGACGACAUCACUGACAUCACCUCUGGAAUUUUCACAGAUUUUGUGGAUUCCACAGAGGUGGGAGGAGAUGUUACUGUCAUUAUCAGGUCACUCCGGAAGCAGGUGGGAACUCCAGACUCUGUAGACUCCAUAGACCUUCCCUCAGCCUCAGGUUCUUGUGAGACCUUUAGCCCAGCUUCCUUCUGUCCAUCCACCCAGUCUAAAGCUGUGGACAGUGGGUAUGACACAGAGAACAAUGAGUCACCAGAAUUCAUCUUGAAAGAUCCUUCUGAGCAAAGAAUUCAAGAUGGAAAGCCAUGUCUCAUAGGAAGCCCUGUUUUGGGAAUGGAUGGGGCAGAUUUGGUUCUGCAGGUAGAUUUGGAAAAAGAUACGGAUGCCAUGGUUUCCUUAAAAUCUCAUAGCACUGAGGUUGAAAUUACUGGGCUCAGUGACAAGAACCCAUAUAGAGAUUCUGCUUAUUUCUCCGACUAUGACACUGAAAAUGAAAGGUGGUCUCGGGAAGAAGGGGACUUUCCAGAGAAGCUGGAAGAUGGUGACUUUGCUGGGCAAGAGGCUGAAAAGGAAGACCUUUCCAGGUAUACAGGAACAGAACAAUUCAACCCUCAGAUUAAAGAAGGAGAGAAAUACCUUUUUGAAGGUUUGGAUAAGGGUACAAUCAUUGAGGCUGACAAGCCAGAAUCCGGUGCAUCCUCAGUUCCUGUUCUCUCAACAUUGUCUCCCUCCCCUCCAGAAAUGGGUGGCUGUUUGACCAAAGAGUCCUCACAGGAUGAAGGGCUGUCGCUGGAUUCUGAGCAGUCUGGAGAGGAACAGUCGUCAGAAUGUGCAUCAUCAUCAUCCACAGUCUCUACUGGGUCAUCUACACAGCAGGAAUACCCUACCACAGGAAAACAAGUAAUACAGGGCAAAGAGGACUCUCCAGAGGAGGUAUUGAUUAUGUCAGACUCCACCUCUAGAGAUACCCUAGGGGAAUUCUCUAUGGAUAUUAAGGAUGAGGAGCAAGAUCAUUCCACAAGGACCAAAAAGAAAGAAGUAAUAGAGGUUGGUGGAAAUUCCUCUUGGGGAGCCACAAGCACAGAGCACAAAGUACAAGGUGUGGAGAAGCUCCAGGAAACUGCAGGGGACACUACUCUCAUUGUCCCAAUAGCAGACGGGGAGGAUGCAGAUGAGGAAGACGGGGAUUCAGAUGACAGCGAGGAGUCGGAUGAAGAGCUUGGCUGCUACAACAUCCAGGAACAAAGCGAAGAGAGCGAGGAGGAGUCACCAACAGUGCCCAUCGUGGUGAGCGACCACAGUGAUGCUCGGAACCUCCGCAGCCUCCUCAAGAUGCCUACCCUCCUAACAGAGUCCUUCUGUGAUGACCUGGACCGCAAGAAGAAGGCAGUGUCCUUUUUUGAUGAUGUUACCGUCUACUUGUUUGACCAGGAGAGUCCCACUCGGGAUUUGGUUGAACCAGACUUCCCUCCAAGAGAGGAAUCCAGUGGACACUCUGAGAGUCAUAAGUCACAACCCCAAGAAAGAAUCAAUGCCUCUGAUGACUCCUCUGACGGAAACAUCUCAGAAGAAAGUGGUGGGUUUGAGUGGGAAGAUGAUUUCCCACUGAUGGCCAGCUCACCUGCAACAGUGCAAGCUUCGGGUGAUGCUGUGGCUUGUGCUGCUCCCUCUGCGACUCCAGAGAUAAAGCCAGCCAUCCCUUUUUCAAGAUUCAGCGUCUCGCGCUUUUCCAUUACACACGUGUCUGACUCCGAUGUGGAAUCUGCAGGAGGGAGCAGUGAAGAUGGGGAGCGAGAGUAAGGGAGAGUUCUACACAUCCCCUCCAAACAUACCUGCUGUAAAGGGGGAAAGUGUACAUGUCCCCAGCCUUCUGAAAGAACAGCAUGUUCUUUUAUCUUGUUCCAUUUUCCAUCCGGACUUCGGGCUACCUUUCUACGGUACCCCAUUUUGAGACAGUGCCUCUGAACUCCAUUAACCCUGGGAUAUUCUACAACCCUUCAGCAUAAUGUGUGACUUCAACAAGAUCAAUUACUCAAAAAUACAAACAACUAUAUGGAAAAUACACAUAUAUAAAUAUACAUUCAACUUAUAUUAACUAUUUUCCAUUCAUCAUCAAAGCACAUUUACAGGCUACUUAUAUGGGAAAAUGGAAGGAGAAUUAUGUAUAAAGAGGGGGCUUCAGUGCCCUUACACUUCAUUGGCUGCUGCAAUUUGUUGUUUGACUUACAAGAGAUUUUGUACAGCUACCUGCUGCUGCUUUGUACCAUCAUCAUAAACAGGUGACCAACAGUUUCAAGCAGGGGCAUCCAGUGUAUUUGGGGUUCAGAUCAAGGAAGGAGCUAAACGAACCCCAAAUUGUUGCCUCUCUUUAGAACUUAAGCUUCCAGCAUCCUGGACCAUGAGGGGUUAUGACAUUUGUCAUGCAGGACUUCUGAUACCCAACUCACAUGACAACACCCAAGGAAAACCAGUUCCUUCAACCCCAGCUCUCUCAAGUCAUGCGUGAACAAAACUUUGGCUGUUGUCAAAGUUGUGGUAUUUCAUGAAGCUCUUUCCUGUUCAAUUGUGGAGACAAGAUGUUAUCACACUGGGUGAAACUAAAGUCUUGAAGAUUUAUCCAGCACUGAGAACUGGUCAUCAGAAAGGUGUUUCGUUUUCAUAUGUGACAGAGUGCUCACAUCAAGGACUUCUUUUGCAGUAGAACACAGUAUUGGCUGUACUGUAUUUCCUGAAGGCCACAAAUACGUGUGGUUUGUCAUCACUUCCUUUUCAUACACAGAUGUGAAGCACUUUCCAAAAUGGUUUUAACCUCAGGACACAUGGGAAAUUCAUUGACGGAUUCAUUGAUUUUUCUCUAACCAGACAACCGGCAGCUCCAGUUCCGUGUGGAGCUGCACUACUCUUCCAGUCCUGUGUGAAAACCGUGGUUCUCUCACCAGACUUUGUCAUGAAUAAAUAAUUGUGAUGUAAGAAGAGAAAAAAAAAAGAAAAAAAAAAAAAAACGAACUUACCAAGGUUGAGAAUGGCUUCCAUUUUUGUCGCACCAGAGCUUCAUGGAGAAGCUCCUCUUACUGCUUACUUCAGACAAUUUUAAAUCACACGUUAGAUGUUGACCGUUUCAAAGGAUGCAAUAUGGUUUUAUCUGUAAUCCCAUGACGUUUUAGACAUAGGACUGUUCUAGUAUAUCAUUUAUUAAAGACUUUUUUUUUUCUAAAGUAAUGCACAUUGAACUAUUUAAGAAAAGCAGAUUAAGGUGUACAGUAGAAAACUUAGACUUCAUGAGGAGGCAGAUGUAAUUAUGAGUACGGAGAUUAAACAUCCAUUUCAGACUG